GGCUAUUCAGUGACAGCUGCUAAUCAGAUCGCCCUUUUUUCGUCUCGUGUGCCAAUUGUAGAAUAAUUUAAUGUUUUAAUGCUAAUUAACUGAAAGAGUGUAAGGUUUAAAGAGAAAAUGACGCUAUAUCACUUUGGUAACUGUGUGGCAUUGCUUAUGCCAUACUACUUCACCUACAAAUACUCAGGCCUAUCUGAAUAUGGUGCCUUUUGGAAGUGCAUACAGGCGGGCUGCAUUUAUAUAUUUACACAACUCUGUAAAAUGCUCGUUUUGGCAACGUUUUUCUACUCGGACACAUCGUCAGGCAAUGGCGAGUUUAAUUUCUUUGCGGAGUUGUUGCGCUGUAGUGUUGAUGUAGCAGAUCUACUGGGAUUUGCACUAAUUCUGAGCCGCAUUCCUGGCAAGGGUCACUCUAAACUGAUUACCGCUGGACUCGGCUGGGCUACCGCUGAGGUUGUGCUAUCGCGUGGCAUUAUGCUCUGGGUAGGUGCUAGAGGUACCGAAUUCAGUUGGAUUUAUAUACAAAAGUGCUUGGAGUCCAAUGUGAUGUUAGUGCAACACUUGACUACCGCUACCCUGAUUUGGCUGUUCACACGUCACGACUUAAGCAAGGCACUAAAACCACUAGUUUCUGUAUUGCUGGCCGUGACCAUCUUUAAAGGCGUCUGGUUGGAGGGCUUGCUGCACAUACUCAGCAUUGGACCUUGGGCAGCUAUUGCUGUAAAAGCGCUUGUCGCAUCCCUUAUUGGAUUCUGCUCGUUGCAUAUUUAUUCUGGGCUAGCCCAGCAAAUAGGCAUUUAGUUUUAUGCUUUUUUUAAUAUUAUGCUUUGUUUACAUUUGUAUUGUGGGUUGUCAUAUGUAUAAGUACAGUAAAGACAACGAGAACGGUAUAGGAGAUUGAAAAACGUUUUAAUGAAUUAUAGUUAUAACAUAGAACGAGUCUUAAUAAA